AGGGUAUCGACGUCUGAAGGGCCCCCGGUCCCGUCCAAUCCCCAUUUCGGUUAUUUUUGCUCGAUCGCUUCGAUGUCGAACCGAUUCCUUCCCUUUUUCUCUCUCACUCUCCUCCUCCUCUCUCCGGCUUCCUCCUCCUCCCCCUCGUCGAUGGCUCCCUCGAAACCUUUUGCCGUAAAAGAGGAGGAGAUGACGCCGUUACAGAAGCACGUGGCUUUCUUCGACAGGAACAACGACGGACUCAUCUAUCCUAACGAAACUUACCAAGGUUCGCGAGAGGAUGAAAAAGAAACAGUUGAAGCUAAUACAUUUAGCAAUCAUUAUGUUCGUAAACUUCAGAUGUUUGUUUGUAAUAUAAGACUAAAACUAAAGGUCAACCAGGGAACUUUCACAUCUCCCCUUCUUCCCAUUUAUGUAAAAAAUAUCAAGAAAGGCAAGCAUACUAGUGAUUCUGGCGUUUAUGACUCCGAGGGGAGGUUUGUUCCUGAAAAAUUCGAGGAGAUUUUUCAGAAGCAUGCUCAUACUUACCCUACUGCACUAACAUCGGACGAGUUGGAUGAGAUGCUCAAGGCAAAUCGUGUUCCUGGCGAUAAGCAAGGAUCGCUCGCAGCUUGGACAGAGUGGAAGAUCCUGUACUCUCUUUGCAAGGACAAGGAUGGAUUGCUUCAAAAGGACACCGUUAGAGCUGUCUAUGAUGGAAGUUUGUUUGUGAAAAUGGAGGAGGAGGUAUCUUCUUCUAAAAAGAAAGCUUGAUUGAUUUUUAAUUUGCUGAGGUUGAUGGUCUUAACUACUGCUGAAGGUGCUUGCUUGUUUGUAAUUGGUGUGGCUUGAAUCUGAGUGUUGAUUGAUCAUAGGUGUACAUCAAAGUGUAAGAUGCAACUAUAUGCCUGUUUUCAUACAGUGGGAAAUAAAAUUGAGAAAAUAUAGCCAUGAAUUAUUUGAUGAUCGAGUUU